CUGAAGAUCGCCCAACCGGCUAAGAGAGAGAAGAAGAAGAGUGAAGAUAACGAUUUUCCCGAAAAUCGGCAAAAGAGUAGUCGAACGUCACAAUGAGGUCGUCGAGCGAAAACGACUUCAUGGAGCUCAGCGAAAUCGAGUUCCAACAAAAGGUCAACUACAUAGCGCCGGACACGCACACGGGGCCGGACGAGAAGAACCGAGCGGAGGCCUCGCUGCCGCGCAAUCUCGUGCUCAAGCCGUCGCAGGAGGGCAACAAUGCGCGCAACAACGUCUGCGGCGUCUGGAGCACCGAUCGCAUACCCAAGGGCACGCGCUUCGGCCCGCUGGUCGGACAGAUACACCCCAAGGACGCGGUGCCACCCGACGCCGAUCGCAAGUACUUUUGGAGGAUAUAUCAAAAUAACGAGCUAUGCUACUACAUCGACGGCUACGACGUGCAGAAAGCCAAUUGGAUGCGAUACGUGAAUCCGGCUUACUCGACAGAAUCACAAAAUCUCAUAGCGUGCCAGUAUGAGAUGAACAUUUACUUUUAUACGGUGAGGGAGAUCGAGCCAAAUCAAGAAUUGUUGGUCUGGUAUUGUCGUGACUUUGCCAAGAGGCUCAACCAUCCAGAGACUGGCGAGGAGAUGCUUCAAAAAAUAUGUAUGAAAGCUCAGCAAUCCGCGGCGGUGGUGGAUAAUGUGGCUAUGAGUAACGAGGCAGGCGGCAACGUGGCCGAAUCGUCCUCGUCGACGUCAUCGCCACCCUCGGUGAUUUACGAUCAGCGGCGGGCGCGACUGACACCACCGCAGGAGCGCUUAGCCGACGAGGGCUACCACUCGAAUGGUUACCACGACGAGAUCCUCACGCCGCCCGAGGAGAGCAGCGAGUCCGACAGCGAGUCCAAUUACGUGCUGGAUUUCUCGAAGAAGCACCAAAGCAAAGUCGUCGCGGCGGCGGCUACCUGCAGCACUAGCAGCAGCGUAAUAGCCAGUUCGGUCACGUCGCAACAACAACAACAGCAACAACAACAGCCCGAACAACAGCAACAGCAACCACAGACCACCAGAGCGCAGCAAAUCAAUCAUCACAAUCUGCCGAAGCUGAGCUCGGUCGUGAAGCACGAGAACAUGUCGCGUAACGAUUACCGCAAGGUCAAGAUCAAGAUGUUCCGUACGUGCGGUAACUUCCAGACGGCGAGCAGCAGCACGUCGCCACCGACUCCAUCAACGACGACCAGCGGAAAGGUCGUCGUGAUCGAGGAGGCCAGCGAAGCGCUGAGACGCUCCCCGAGCCCGGUGGAAUCAAGCAGCAGCAGGCAGAACUCGACACUGCUUCUGGCCGCGAGCUCGAGCGAGGAGGACAAGCCCAUGCCGAUGAGCCCCAAGCCGAUGUACUACGAGGAAACCAAUAAGUCGUCGCUGCGCUACGCUCCCGGCAACGCCGGAGUUUUCGAGGCUUCCAGCGAGCAUCGGCAAUACCAACAGCAACAACAGACCCCACCGCGUCCGGGAGCGUCGAUCCUGGAGAACAUACUGCUGAGAGGCUCCGACGCAGCCUCGAGCGCAGCAGCGGCGGCGGCGGCGGCCGUUUGUCCACAGCAACAGCACGUGAUCGUGCAGAGCAGCAGCCAAGUCCAGCCACCGCAGGUCGACUCGGUCACACCGUCGCCGUCCAGCCCCACGGAGAUGGCCUACUCGUACAAGAAGUCGCAUCGUUACAGCAACAUACUGCCCUGCUCGCCCAAGACCUUCGGCCAGCUGUCGAACCUCAAGGUCCACCUGAGGACGCACUCGGGCGAGCGGCCCUUCAAGUGCCACGUCUGCACCAAGAGCUUCACCCAGCUGGCCCACCUGCAGAAGCACCACCUGGUGCACACGGGCGAGAAGCCCCACCAGUGCGACAUCUGCAAGAAGCGCUUCAGCUCGACCUCGAACCUCAAGACCCACCUGAGGCUGCACUCGGGCCAGAAGCCCUACGCCUGCGACCUGUGCCCGGCCAAGUUCACCCAGUUCGUGCACCUCAAGCUGCACAAGCGGCUGCAUACCAACGAGCGGCCCUACACGUGCCAGGUCUGCGACAAGAAGUACAUAAGCGCCAGCGGCCUCAGGACCCACUGGAAGACCACCAGCUGUCGGCCGAGCAGCGUCGAGGACGAGCUGGCCCUCGGCUCGGGCUCGCCCAAUCCCUACUACGACUACGGGCCCGACGUCAAUGUCGUAGGUCCGUGUCACACGACUACUCCGCACUUGUAUUAUUCCACGUUCAGCGUAAUAACGUCUUGCGUGCAAUAAAACAAACAAACAAAAAAAGAAAAUCUUACCG